AUUCUCAAACAAGCUUUACUUUCUUACUGUUUGGUUUCUCUCUCUACAAUUUGAGCCGCAGAUCUCUAGAGUGAGAAACUCUGCAACUAGAGAGAAAUGGAGCUCUGCUUCUUCAGAUCUCUCUCCAGAUUCUCAUUUCCCCUCGUUUCGCUACUCUUCUUGCUCUCUUCCUUCACUUUCACUUCAACAGAAGCUUAUGAUGCACUUGAUCCAAAUGGAAACAUCACAAUAAAGUGGGAUGUUACGAGUUGGACAGCUGAUGGUUAUGUGGCUCUUGUGACAAUGUUCAAUUUCCAACAAUAUCGUCACAUUCAAGCACCCGGUUGGACUUUAGGUUGGACGUGGGCGAAGAAAGAGGUGAUAUGGAGCAUGAUGGGCGGUCAAACAACGGAGCAAGGAGAUUGUUCGAGGUUCAAAGGGAAUAUUCCACAUUGCUGUAAGAAAGAUCCCACAGUUGUUGACUUAUUGCCCGGAACUCCGUACAACCAACAGAUUGGUAAUUGUUGCAAAGGAGGUGUGAUCAAUUCGUGGGCUCAAGAUCCGUCCAAUUCCGCGAGCGCUUUCCAGGUCAGCGUCGGUGGAGCAGGGACCACUAAUAAAACCGUUAAGCUUCCUAGGAACUUCACCCUGAGGGCCCCGGGCCCUGGAUAUACUUGCGGGCCUGCUAAAAUCGUGAAACCGACUAAGUAUCUAACUGGGGAUGGAAGGAGAGUUACACAAGCUAUGAUGACAUGGAACAUUACAUGCACAUACUCGCAGUUUCUAGCUCAAAAAACUCCUAGCUGUUGCGUCUCUCUCUCGUCUUUUUACAACGACACAAUUGUGCCUUGCCCAACGUGUACAUGUGGAUGUCAAAAUAACCUCACUAACCCAGGAAGCUGCGUCAAUCCAGAUUCACCGUACCUUGCUUCGGUUGUUUCCGAACGGGGGAAGAGCAAUAAUAUGGCGCCUCUGGUCCAAUGCACCAGCCAUAUGUGCCCCGUUAGAGUCCACUGGCACGUGAAAUUGAACUACAAGGAUUAUUGGAGGGUCAAAGUCACUAUUACGAACUUUAAUUACCGAAUGAAUUAUUCGCAGUGGAAUUUAGUUGUGCAGCACCCCAAUUUCGACAAUUUGACUCAGCUUUUCAGCUUCAACUACAAACCACUAAAUCCAUACCAGAAUAUAAACGAUACUGCGAUGUUGUGGGGUGUAAAAUUCUAUAACGAUUUUCUCAACCAAGCGGGCCCACUAGGGAAUGUUCAAUCAGAGCUUCUCUUCCGCAAAGACAAAUCGACUUUCACUUUUGACAAAGGCUGGGGAUUUCCAAGAAGAAUUUAUUUCAAUGGAGAUAAUUGUGUGAUGCCGCCUCCCGAAGCAUAUCCCUAUCUUCCAAACUCAAGUUUACGGAAAACCGUCUCGUUUCUUGUUCUACUCAUCGGUUUGUUGACAACCUUUGCAUGUGCAUUUUAAGAAUAUUCCGUCUUCAGACAGGGAAUAUUCUGUUUUGUGGGGUUGAUAUUUGGAGAAAGAGGGUGAAUUCAAGAACUUAUAUAUAUAUUCCAUCUCCGUAAUCGAUUUCGGGUGCAUAAAACUCGAGAGGAACAGAGAAAAAUUUCGGGUGCUUUAAUAUUGGAAUAUUUUUAUUCGUUGUCUUGUUUUUAUGUAGUUGUUGUAACAUGUUUUGCCACGAAGUUGAAUCAUACAAUGUUGUUGAUAUAGUGUUUUCAUAGGUUUUGUAAUGACAAUAAGAACAGUUUGAUACAUACUAGAUUGAUUGUUUUGCAUUUUAAGUUUAUUUAUU